GGAUCAUAGAGACGUCUGGCGCAGCGAGGCCCCCUGGUGCAGCCAUAGAGAUGCCCAGAUGACGGCUAGAGCGUUGCUCGCCAGCCGGCUUCCUUUUGUUUAGUCCUCCUUUUCAAUAUGGCGCAGUCGAUUAACAUCACGGAGCUGAAUCUGCCGCAACUAGAAAUGCUAAAGAAUCAGCUGGACCAGGAAGUGGAGUUCUUGUCCACGUCCAUUGCCCAGCUCAAGGUGGUACAGACCAAGUAUGUAGAAGCCAAGGACUGUCUGAACGUGCUGAACAAGAGCAACGAAGGGAAAGAAUUACUCGUCCCACUGACGAGUUCUAUGUAUGUCCCUGGGAAGCUACAUGAUGUAGAACAUGUGCUCAUUGAUGUGGGAACUGGCUACUAUGUAGAGAAGACCGCUGAGGAUGCCAAGGACUUCUUCAAGAGGAAAAUAGACUUCCUAACCAAGCAGAUGGAGAAAAUCCAGCCAGCUCUCCAGGAAAAGCACGCCAUGAAACAGGCUGUCAUGGAAAUGAUGAGCCAGAAGAUUCAGCAGCUCACAGCCCUGGGGGCAGCUCAGACUACUGCUAAGGCCUGAGAGUUUGUUGCAGAAAUGGGGCAGAGGAACCCUGCCUCAGGGGCCUGGGACUCUGUGGGCGUGCCUUCCUGGCGUCGGGAAGGGAAGGGUCUUGUAAUGCCAAUAAAUAUGCGAGCUGGGCAGAA